CCUGUCCUACGCGCCUGCGCUUGUGCAGUCUAUCCCUCCCCAUCGUUAUCUGUGCCACCUCCAGAAGUUUCUAGGCGGUGGUCGCUCAUCGUAUUGAUCGAUAUACCGGUUUUGUACGUCUAUGCUCGGAUGCAACAGAAUGCAAUGAAAAUGAGUCUCCACGAAAUCAGUGAAAAUGUGAAGUUGGGCAGAGAAUAUGCCUUAUUGGGAAAUUAUGAUUCUGCAUUAGUUUACUACCAAGGAGUAAUUGAACAGAUUCAAAAGUACUUGUCUUCAGUCAGAGAUCCUUCGUACAAGCAGAAAUGGAAUCAGAUGGAGGUAUCAGGAAUGAAGAAAGACUGGAACAGGCUGUCUGGAGGGAAUGCUGUCUGGAAUGCUGAUGAGGUAUGGCAAGAGAUAACUGAAGAAUGUCAGCAUGUCAAAGAGAUUAUGUCAACAUUGGAUGGCUUUAAACAUGACAGCUCUCCGUUGCAGGCAGUACGACAUGAAGGACAUGAUUCAGAAGUCUGGUCGUUACCUGUGCCUGCAGAACGCAAUAGACCAUCUCCACAUCCAAGAAAGCGACAGUCAACUCCUCCUUGCAAUGACCUUAGAGCUCCUCAGAAAGACCGCCUCGGAGCUCCAGUUAGAGGUUCUAGUCGUUCUGUACCCCGAAUAGGGAACAAUGAUAGAGUGAGAUCAAACAAAGGAAAGGACAAGAAAGAAAAUCAAAACAAAGGAAAGGAAGACAAGAUUAAAGCGAUUGAUACCUCUGAAAGUGAGCCAAAAAAGUUUGAUGGUUCUGGGAAUGACCGAGAUUUAGUAGAAGCUUUGGAGCGAGACAUAAUAUCACAAAACCCAAAUGUUCGAUGGGAUGAUAUAGCAGACUUGGCGUCAGCAAAAAAAUUACUGGAAGAAGCCGUUGUUUUGCCAAUGUGGAUGCCAGAUUUCUUUAAAGGAAUCAGACGACCUUGGAAAGGAGUGCUGAUGGUUGGCCCCCCAGGAACUGGAAAAACAAUGCUGGCUAAAGCUGUAGCAACUGAAUGUGGAACAACAUUUUUCAAUAUUUCUUCAUCAACGCUUACUUCCAAGUAUAGAGGAGAGUCUGAGAAACUUGUCCGCCUUCUGUUUGAAAUGGCCAGAUUUUAUGCCCCAACAACCAUUUUCAUCGAUGAAAUUGACUCCAUUUGCAGUCGUAGAGGAACUGCUGAGGAGCAUGAGGCAAGCAGACGCGUGAAAGCAGAGCUACUUAUUCAGAUGGAUGGUGUUGGAGGUGCAUCGGAAAAUGACGACCCUUCAAAGAUGGUUAUGGUUCUAGCAGCUACUAAUUUCCCAUGGGAUAUUGAUGAAGCCCUAAGAAGGCGUCUGGAAAAACGAAUUUAUAUUCCUUUACCUUCAGCAACGGGAAGAGAGGAGCUGCUGCGGAUAAACCUCCGAGAAUUGGAGGUGGCAGCUGAUGUCGAUGUCAAAAAAAUAGCUGAACAAAUGGAAGGAUAUUCUGGAGCAGACAUAACCAAUGUGUGCAGGGAUGCCUCCAUGAUGGCCAUGCGACGUCGCAUUCAAGGACUAACUCCUGAGGAAAUAAGAAAUAUAUCCAGGGAUGAGUUGCAGAUGCCGACAACCAUGGACGAUUUUGGAAUGGCCCUGAAGAAAGUUUCUAAGUCUGUUUCAGCUGCAGACCUGGAGAAGUAUGAGAAAUGGAUUGCAGAGUUUGGUUCAUAUUAAUCCAAAUGAAACAUAUUUUAGUUAUUACUAGCUAAAUAUUAUUGGGGUCACUCAGAUAAGACAAGAUUGACUUCUUAAAUCACAGGCCAAAAAUGAAUACUUCCAAUGUCCUAUUCAAAAGUCACUUGCUGUAAAAUCCAUACAUCUGUCUAUUGUUUACCUCUUACUUUUUAGAAUUGUUUUUAUUUAAACAGGCGUAUUGAAAAAACCAAAGUGAAGAUGUUGGAGAAUCUUGCCAGUGGAAUCUGUGUGUUUUUAAGAAAAAAAAUCAAACCAGUUCAAAGAAUUCUGUUUAAUUCUAACAUUGCUUUUCUUUAUUUAUCUAAGUUCAUCUUUUGAAUUGUUUUAUUUAAUGUCCCCAGGGAAAAAAAUUACCUGCCAGCAUAAGUUAAUAUUUAGAUUUAUGCUGAAGCUAGCAUAAGUAAUAACUGUCAAGUGCUUCAUCAAAUACACCCAUUAAAUGAAUAAGUCAAGGGACUAAAUUAUCAAGCUCAUUUAGUUGAGUCAACUCUGUUUUGUUUUCAAUAUUUAAUUCUAGUUAGAAGUAAAUGAAGCAAGUGAGUAUUAAUCAGAAUUCUUUGAAUUUAUAUUUUUAAUUGCAUUUGACAGGCUUCUCUCAUGUUUGUAAUGGAUUAAUUUCUAAUAAUCUCCUUCAAGUGCAUUAAGUUCUUUGCAGCAUGCUACAGAAUGAGUAAAAUGGAAAGAUGAAAUUUCCUAAUACUAUUCUUAAUUCUGAUUUUUGUUUAUUUCCUUUAUUUUUUUUGUCCUGUUCUUUAUUUUACUUAUUACCUUAUCCAUUCCUUCCUUCAUCUUUGUAGCUUCCGUUCAUUAUUUGUGAAGUUACUCUGUAAAGUACAAAAGCUGUAAGAAUGCCAGAAAAAUAUGAACAAGAUAUUACUAAUAAAAGCAUUCAAUGCCUCUGCUUUUCUCACAUGCUUAUGUGAUGCAGUUGGAACUGUUGGCAGUAUUCUUACUGCCAUGUGUGCAAAUUGACAAUCUGCUCUCCCCAUUUUCUCGUUAUAUUUAAAGAUAAGAAAUCCACACAGCAAUGACUCGACCCUAGACCCUGGUUUUAAAAUUAGUUUAAUACUUACCUAUAGAACACAUUCCCACCAUGCUCAUGCAGCUUUUAAGUUGUUGCAUCACUGCUCCGAAAUUAUCACUAGGUCUUAUCAAGUCUGUUAUCCUGCAGCAAAUGGUUUGACCACAAGAAUAGCUGAUUAAUUGAUUUUAUAUUCACUUAAAAUGCUAAUUUUGUUUCAUACAGACCACAACUUCAUAGUUUUGUACACUGUCAAAUUUGAAUAAAAGAGGUUCAGUUUGAACAACUGUCAUGUGAGAUAAUGUCUGAAUUACAGUAAAUAUUCUUUCACGGUAAAAUAAGAAUGAUUUUCUGAAUGUGGAGAAAGAUUAGGUUAGAUUGACACCAACCCUAUUCCUGUGUUGGGGAGAAAUGUGCUAUGAUAUUGCUAUUGAUCUCAUUAGGUAACAUACGGUACAAUGAAAUUGUACCCUGUUUCCAGAAGGGUCUGAUUUCUUCAUUAUUUGAAUGUAUAUAUUGUCAAAUGGAGAAACUUCAUCAGUGGGUUUCCACUGUUGUCACUUAAAUCAAUUGAAUUAAAUCAUUCUUGUCCUUUUCCACCUUAACUUUUCUCCAGGAAUCCUGAUGUGAUAGUUGGCUCACCAAACCUACAUUCUUCUAUUUAGUGUGUGUGCAGAUUGGUAGUAUGGUUUAAUUUGGACAAGAUAUAAGUAAAUCACUACAAGAUGAAUAUUUUGAGUGGCUUAUUGGAUGCAUAGUUUUUGGUUGCUCCGAAGCAAGCAGGCAUUCUUUUGGGAAAUGUUUGAACUCAUUCCACCUGUGCCAUGGCUAUUUACUGCAUUUAUGAAGGAAUCUAACUUUCAUUAAGUAUGAAUAUCUGAUGUACCAUGUCUGUACUUAAGUGACCUGAAGUUAAUGCACUGAGAAUCCUGUAUUUGUACUACAUUGGCAUAGUUGCCAUCGUGUGUGGAAGUGAGAAGAAUGUCCAUUUGCCUUUCCAUUGAUCCCCAAUCUCUGGCAGAAAACAUGAAGAUACAUUCCAGAAUAACCGACUUGUUAAUAAGGCAGAUAUUUGCUUUGAAGAAACUACAUAAAUGUAAUUCAUUCACCAGGGCAAAAUAGUUUGACUAACCAGAGCCUAAAGUUAAUGUACAUUCUUAUUUGUUUUCUGCUCGUGGUGUUGUUUAUAUUGAUCAAAAACUGAAUACAGGAUAAUUUUAAAUUAUGUUCUUGCAUACACAAAUAGAUUGUGCAAGAUUUUUGAAAAAUUGAAUUGAGAGAUUAUUCAAGAACACUAAACCAGUUUUAUAUCAAGCUUAUAAAGGGUAAGAUAGGGAAGGCAGAUAAACCAAGGGUAAACUGAAAGAAUGGUACAGUCCAUGUUUUAAAAUAAAUAACAUUUUUCUGCAAAAGUUUAUCCAUCUGUGUAUUUGAUGGUCCAUUACAGUAAAAGUACAAUUCAGUCAUAUCAGACUCAAAAUAUUAACUCUGCUUCUCUCUCCACAGAUGCUGCUAGACUUGCUGAGUUUUUUCAGCACUGUUUCUUUCAUUAUAAUGUUGAUUUGCUAGUCACUAUUACAUCUGUGCCAGUUAGAUAUUCAUACUCCUAGCACUUGGUCUAAAUGAUUUUUCCAUUUACCCUUAAUUCCAGUACAUUGACCUGUGCUUCAAAGAGCGAAUAAUUUAUAGAUUUUAUACAAAAUUAAACAUUUGUAUUUCAGUUCUGGAAAUACAUUUUAUCAUGUAAGUAAAUAACAUAAAUAAAAGAACAAUUGCAAA